UUCGGGGAAAAAAGCAAACACUCUGUUUGGCUUGGGAAAACAAGCAAAAUACGUGCAGUAAAAAGUUCUUCUCACACGGCGAUGUUUAGAAACCUAUGUUUAGAAAAACAAGGCACAUUACGUUAAUAUUUUUCCUCCAGUGUAUCUUUUGAAUCUGGUUCUAAUCGCUGGAAAAUAUUAGCUUAAAAUCACGGAUUUACCGGGAAGAUUGCAGGUGACUGCCGAAGGCAACAUGGAUACAGAUUCUGCCGCAGUCAUUUCCCUCGAGUCGGACGAGGAGAUGGAUACUGUUGCAGCACCGGAAGCACCGAAUUCCACCGUAACCGGAGAAGAACCCGAACAGGAAGCAUCGAACAACGUUGAAAAUGAUUCGGCGCCACUCAAAAGUCCAGACAACGCAAAGACCGAUUCGAACGAUGGCGGGUCCGAUAUCAUAUUGAUAGACGAUGAGGAGAAGGAAUCUAGUGAGACUAGUGAGCAAAAAUCAUCCGAAAACUUGCUGCCACCUACAGAACCAGCAGUGGAGAACCAGAUCGAAUCUGAAGCACAGACAGCAACGACAGCAACGACUGAAAAUGAGGAUGUCGAAAUGAAGGAAAUUGCAAAAGAAGAUGAAGAAAAAGUUUCAGACUGUCCUCAACCCGUUCCAGAAGAGGAACAAAAGCCGGAAGAAAUGGAGCCGGCUCAGUCAACAGCUAUCUUAGAGCCAGACAAAAAGGAUUCAGCUGGGAUCGAAACGACUACACAAUCCAUCCAAGAAACGAAGGAACCGGUUCUGUCAAAGGAAGCCGAACCCGUGAAAAAGCUCCAGCACAACAGUAACCGGCGUGAGCAAAAGUGUGGCAAUCCUGGAUGCGUUAAGAAAGAGCUGGAAUUAAUCGAAGCACCUAUAUUUGCCCAAAGUCUGUACAGCAUGCCACCCGACAAGCAGACACAAUUAAUAUGUCCCGAUUGUUUUCAAUAUUCUGUUAACCAUUACGAGUCCCUGUGCGCAUCGCUGACGAAUGAAGAGUCUCUGUAUCGGCGAGAGUUGCUGCAGGAUAAGGUGGAAGAGAUACACACGGUGUUGGAUAGCAGCGAUGAAGAGACCGAUGAACCGAGUGAAUCUGAAUCGAAAGCUGUCGAAGCAGUGCUUCCGGAGGAAGCUAUUUCCUUGGUGGAUAAGAAUCUGAACGAGGUGAUAAAUGCGCUGUGGAAAGAGUAUGGUGAAAAGCAUAUAACAAUGUUCCAAAUGGACAUGGUUCGCGAAAUGAAGCGUAAUGAAGCGACAUCGGAACGCAUCGACUUGCAGCUGAAAAGGUUAAAGGCCACUCUUCGCGGUGUACACGAAAAUAUCUACAGCGUGCGAACGACCAAGAUCGAUACGCCGGAGCUCAUCGUAGAGGACGACACAACGAGCGAGCGUAUCGCUUACCAACGUAUCCGCGACAUGCUGGAACGCAAUGAACCACUUGUCCGGCACCCGGUGAAACUUAACGAUAUAUACUACGGCGUACAGUCGACGAUACUGGGCAGCUGGGUCAAGUGUAAGGUGAUGAAUAUCUCCGAAAAUAAUGUGUACUCGGUACGCUUCCUGGUCGGCAACAACAAGCAGACCGUUCUGAGUGCGAAACAUCUCGCCUACACGGAGAUUCCAUGGGUGAAGCUAAAGUUGGGCACGCGUGUGAUUGCCAAAGUAUGCUCUACCACUGGGGAAGCGGCCAGUCGAGCAUUCUACGCCGGUACGGUGCUGGAAUCAAUCAGCUCUUACAACAAAUUCCGGUAUCUCAUCAUCUUCGACUCGGGUCACACACUGUACGCACCGCUACAGGAAGUUCGGGUCGUUUGCGAAGAGUCCAAACACGUGUGGGACGAUGUGCACCCGCAUUCGAAAGAAUUCAUCCGCAACUACAUGCAAACGUGCGGAUCGAUGCGACCGAUGGUACAGGCACAACCUGGCCAACGCCUAAUGGUGGAAAUCAACCAGAAGUGGUACCAGGGCAAAGUGAUCGAAACGGACAGCAGUUUGUUUAAGCUGUACUUCCAGGAGAUUAACCGAUACGAAUGGAUUUACCGCGGUUCGAAACGACUCGCGCCGUUGUAUUCGCGUGGCACGCCAAACAACAAGUUUUCCAAGUUCCAGCGUCGCAAUGAGCCUUCCAUCGAGUACAUUACGAUUGAGGACGAUAGUGCGAAAGCGCCGGCACAGCAGGACAAACCCCAGCCAUCGCAAUCCGGCGCCAAACAGGAAUCGCAAGAUACGCAAGUUCGUGCGACCGCUAAAAAGAGCACGGCGCAUCGCCACAGCAACAGUGGCAAUAAAAACGCCAAUGCUAAUGGUACGGCCACCACCACCACCAACAACAACAACAACGUCCCGGGCGUCAUCUCCUUGAACCGGAACACCAUCUACAUCGAUUUCGACAAGAACCGUUCCACCGGGAAAACGCUCAACUAUACGACGAAAAACUAUCGAGCGCCCCAGAAGUUUGUGCCGCACGUGUGCGGUCCGAGCUGUGUGUAUAAAAUUCCCAAAACCAUGCGCAUGUACAACCUGCUGGCCCGUCCCCUGAUUACCGGCUGGGAGCGAGAGUUUUGCCAUUACCGGGGACCGAAGAAGAAUACCGUAGUCAUGUACCGGGCACCGUGCGGUCGUCGGAUCCGUGACAUGCCCGAGCUGCAUCGGUAUCUAAGGGCAACGGGUUGCUCGCUGAACGUGGAGUGCUUUGAUUUCGAGUCGGACAUACGGGCGCUUGCUACGUUCUGCGCCCAGAACGUGCAUUUCGAGUGUAAGGAUCUUUCGUUCGGUGCGGAACCGAUGCCGGUGCACUGUGUCAACAACUACGACGACACGCAACCGCCGCCGUGCGAAUACUCGACCGAGCGGAUCCCAACGGAGGGUGUGAACCUUAAUCUGGACAAGGAGUUCCUGUGCGGCUGUGACUGCGAGGAUGAUUGUGCGGAUAAGAGCAAGUGUCAGUGCUGGCAGCUAACGAUAACGGGGGCCCGGUUCACCAACCCGUACGUCGAUCCGAACACCGUCGGGUACGUUUACAAGCGUUUGCUCGACCCGGUACUGACCGGUAUCUACGAAUGCAACGUGCAGUGCAAGUGUCGGAAGGAUGCCUGCCUCAACCGGGUGGUGCAGAACUCGCUGCAAACGAAGCUGCAAGUGUUCAACACACACAACAAAGGCUGGGGCAUCCGGUGCCUGAACGAUGUGCCCAAGGGAAGUUUCAUCUGCAUCUACGCCGGCCAUCUGCUGACCGAGGACACGAGCAACAAGAUCUGCGAGCUGAGCGAGAACAAAACGGGCGACGAAUACUUUGCCGAUCUGGAUUACAUCGAAAAUGCGGAGAAUCAUAAGGCGGAUUACGAAGCGGAAGCAUACCGAUCGGAUAAUGAAGAUUCGGUGCAGACGGACAACCCGGACGAUUCGGAUGAGUCGGCGGACGAUGUGGGCGGUGAACGGUUUGCGUCGACCCAGGACUCGGACGAGGAGUACACCUCGAAAACGAAACCGAGCACGAUGGUGGUGAAAACACGGGCCCAGUCACGGAAGGCAAGCACGACGGAGCGUACUGCUGCGUCUGCCCCUUCGAUUAUUGGAAAAGUGUCCAACAACGGUGUGAAUGAUGAGCAAGAGUGCGUUAGUCUAAUACCGAAUCCGGAGAUGAAUCCCAAAGGAGCAUCCAUAACUGCGGAUCAGGAAUCGACUCUGCGGAAGUUUUUCGGCGAAAACGAGCAUAUCUACGUGAUGGAUGCGAAGAAGUCGGGCAAUCUCGGUCGAUAUUUUAACCAUUCCUGCGUGCCCAAUCUGUUCGUCCAGAGCGUGUUUGUCGAUACGCACGACGUACGGUUUCCCUGGGUCGCGUUCUUCGCGUACUGUAACAUUAAAGCUGGCACGGAACUAACGUGGAACUAUAACUACGACGUGGGCUCUGUCAACGGGAAGGUGCUGACCUGCGUCUGUGGCGAACGAGGUUGCAAGGGUCGAUUGCUGUAGGUUGAGCGUGUAUGUGUGUGUGUGUAUGUAGGUGAGAAUAAAUAAUGGAAAGCAGAGCUAUA